AUGGCGACCGCCUCUAUCAUAGCAUGCUCAGCGCGAGCGCCAUCGAGCUGUCUCGCGGCGCGAUACUCUUCAGGAGGCGCGCGCCGCGUUUCGCUCGCAGGCCGCGUUUUAGCCACCCAGAGCGCGCUCCCGCCGAGGAAAGAAGCGGAGAAACCCAAGGCAGUGGAUCCAGAAAUCGUGGAGGCCGGGAAAGAGGGAGAAACGGGUCCCCGUUCCCGAGAUGCUGACGUGGCUAGGAGUGCUGACGUGGCAGGGGAUGCUGACAUGGACCUAGAGGCGCUGGCUCGUGAGCUGAACAUGGAUCUGAAGGAGGUGCAGGAGGCGGAGAGGAUGUUCGAAAGUGCCAUGUCAGCAGUUGCCUCGCUGGAAUCGUUAUCUGCCAAGUUUGAUCAGAUGAUUCUGGAAACUGCUGCUGCUGAGUCGGCCGAAUCAGAGGAUUCUCGCAAGGGUUUAAGAGGGGUUUUGGGUGAAGGGGGUUUAGAGAAUGCGGGUUUAGAGGGUUUAGAAAGAGGAAUGAAAGAGCUGGUUAAGGAAAUUGAAGCCGCAUCGUCUAGGGUAUCGAGAGAAGGCAUCAGCAAAUCGGGGGAGGGGAGUGAAGAGGCGGAUGAUGAAGGUGCUGACGUGGACUUGGCAGGGGAGGCCAUUGCUGACAUGGAGAAUGACCUGGCGGAGCUGCAGCGGUCGGUGGCGGCCACGCUAGCUGAGCUGGACCGCACUGCCACGUCACUCACUCCGGAGCUUGGGCUGCAGGAAGUACUGAAGCUUAAGAGUUCCAUAUCUGCUGACGUGGCGCAGAUAGAGCAGCAGACAGGUGCCAUUCUCGGAUUGCUGAGAGAGGCCCAAGAGCUGCAGGAAGCUUCCCAGCAGCCCGGCGCUCCAAUGGGAGCGCGCCAGCUGGCGGCGCAGAGAGCCGUGGAGGCUCGGAACGCCAUGGCUGCGAUGGCAGGCUCGGCCGAAGCUGCGGCAGAGACGUUGAAGGCUUUGGAGCAGGAAGGGGCGGCGGACUGGGAUGGGAUGGGGGGAGUUAAGGGGGAGGCGAUCAGGAGGGCAGGGGAGGAGGUUAAACGGAGGAGGGGAGAGGAGGAGGGAGGAGGGGAGCAAGACGACGACGAUGAUGAUGACCGGCCAACCUGCCGCAGCGGCACGAGCCAGCCGGCCUACCUGCCGCAGCGGCACGAGGUGGCAGCCGACCGGGCGGAGCUGAAGAAAGAGCUUGCGGACAUGCUCGGCAGCAACGCGCUUGUCUGCUUACUCUGUCCUCGCCUCUACCCCCCCCUCCGGAGACCGGCCUACCUGCCGCAGCGGCACGAGGUGGCAGCCGACCGGGCGGAGCUGAAGAAAGAGCUUGCGGAGAUGCUCGGCAGCAACGCGCUUGUCUGCUUACUCUGUCCUCGCCUCUACCCCCCCCUCCCUUUCAAACCCUUCUCCAGCCAGCCAGCCUACCUGCCCCAGUGGCAUGAGGUAGCAGCCGACCGGGCAGAGCUGAAGAGGGAACCUGCGGAGAUGCUCGGCAACGCCCCAGCCAGCGUAACUGCCCCAGUGGCGCGAGGUUGCAGCAGACCGUGCAGAGCUCAAGAGGGAGCUUGCGGAGAUGUUCAGCAACGCCGUGCAGCUGUUUCAGGAGGGGGGAGGGAAGCAGGAGUCUCACCAGCCCUUGUCCCCUUACCCUGUCCUGUCGUCUCCUCUUCCCCUACCCAACCCAACCCCUCCUCCAGCCAGCCAGCGUACCUGCCGCAGUGGCACGAGGUAGCAGCAGAGCGGGCGGAACUGAAACGAGAACUCGCGGAGAUGUUCAGCAACGCCGUGCAGCUGUUUCAGGAGGGCGAUGAGGAGGGGGCGAUGGCUCUGGUGGCGGCUAAUGAGGCAGAAGUGAUGGGGCAGGUGGUGGCAGGGGAGGCGGGUGUGGAACAAUCAGCAGUGCUGCUGGCGCUGUCACAGCUGCUGCUGGGGAUGGGGGAGGAGGCCAAGGGGAGACAGCAAAUGGAUCAGCGAAUGCUGUGGAUGGGGGAGGAGGCCAAGGGGAGACAGCUGAUGGACCAGGUGACGGGUGACAGGUUGCCGCUGCUGCUGGGGAUGGGGCAGGAGGGCCAGGGGAGACAGCUGAUGGACCAGGUGAGGCUGUCAGGGGGAGGGAUGCGCAUGGCAUGGGGUGAAGGUUGGGAGGUUAGUGCAGUGCGGGUACCAGGUGCUUCUGGGGAUGGGGCAGGAGGGCAAGGGGAGGCAAUUGAUGGAUUAGGCUCUCGCUCUCGUGGCCUCUCACCCCUCCGAGCCUCUGCUAGACGAUCUGCUAGAGAACGCCGGGGACAUGCAUUAUGGCAUGGACAUGUAACUCUUCUUUCUCCUUCUGCCACUGGUCGCCCUUCCUCCCCUCUCUCCCCAGGCUCUCGCCCUACUGGCCUCUCACCCCUCCGAGCCUCUGCUAGUCGACCUGCUAGAGAACACGGGCGACAUGCGCUCGCCCUAGUGGCCUCUCACCCCUCCGAGCCGCUACUGGAUGAUCUGCUGGAGAACGCGGGGGACAUGUAUUAUGGCAUGGAGAUGUGGGAUGAGUCGAUCAAGAUGUACAGACGAGCCGUCAACGUGCAGAGAGAACUGGCAGGUGGCGAGCACUACCUACAGGCGUCCACCCUGUGCAGCCUCGCCAAUGCUCUAAUGGAAGCACAAAGGCACGAGGAAGCGGAGGAGGUGCAGAGGCGAGCGGCAGAGCUGUAUGAAGCUGCCAGGGGGGAGAGGUCCCGAGGGGUGGCGACGAUGCUGGUGCGGCUGACGCAGAUUCAGAUGGAGGGGGGGCGAGUGGAAGAGGCGGAAGGCAGCAUCCUCCGCGCCAAGGAUAUUCUGAUAGAGAAGGAGGGGCUGACAUCAAUGGAGGCGGCGAUUGUGGAGUUCACUCUAGCUCAAGUCAGGCAGGCACAAGGUCGUCCUGAUCUAGCAGUGGGGGUGUUGGAGAGCGGCCUUCGGAUCUUCGAACAAUCGGUGGAGCAGCAGAGGAGGAAGGGCGAGGCUGGAGACGCUGCUGAGCUGGCAGGAGCAGGCGCUGAGCUGGCGUGGGGCGACGAUGAGCUGGCGGGGACUCCCCGUGCGCUGGUGAACGCGCUUGGAGCGUCAGCGUUCCCGGCUUUCGAGCAGGCACAGAUUGAACUGAGCAUGCUAUAUGACAUUCUGGACAGGGACGAGGACGUACGCGUGUGCCUUAAGAGAGAAGCUCCUCUCAGCCAAGGAGCUAGCCGUGGGAUGGGACCCCUCUCUCCAGGGCUCGGCUCGACCCCCCCCUCAUCCAACUCGCCCAAUUCCAUGCCCACUUCUUCCCUUCCUCUCUUAUAUCCAUGCAGGGACGAGGACGCGUGUGCCAUAAGGGAAAAGCUCCUCUCAGCCAAGGAGCUAGCCGUUGGCCCUCUCUCUCCGGCCCUCGUCCCCCCCCUCAUCCAACUCGCGCAGUCCCGCCUGACCAUCGGCCAAUCAGAGGGCGCGGAGCGGCUCCUGCGCCGCGCGCUGCAGAUCGCCAGGUCAGCGGUGCCAGCUGGCGACGCGCGGUUGGCCGUGCCGAUCGAGCGCCUGGCGCUGUGCCUGGCUCAGAUGGAGCGAUUCGAGGAGGCUGAGAUGGAGCGAUUCGAGGAGGCUGAGGUGCUGGCGCGGGAGCACCUGAUGAUUGCUGAGGGGGCCGUGGAGAAGGCUGGACUGCGCGGGGAUACAGUGGAGAUGCUAGGGGCUGGCAAGGGAGCACCUGAAGAUACAGUGCAGAAGGCGGGAGUGCGCGGGGAUACAGUGGUGAUGCUAGCACAAGCCCAGCGCAACCCGGCGCUCAUACUCAUGGCCACAGGCCGGGCACAGGCAGCAGAGCUAGGCCCUCUUUCCACACACCCAACCCCCCCUCUCCCGGUUUUUGCAUCCGCCCGCUCCCCCGUCUCCCCUCCUGUAUCCCCCAGCGCAAGCCCAGCCCAGCGCAAUUUGGCGCUCAUACUCAUCGCCACAGGCCGGGCAGAGGCAGCGGAGCUUGGCCCGCAGCCUGGUGCUCAUCCUCAUGGCUGCAGGGCAGGCAGAGGCAGCAGAGCUGGCCCCGUUCUCCCCAACCCAUCCUCCCAUCCCCCAUGCACUGCACUGUCUCUCCUCCUGUCUCUCCCCCAUCUCCCCGUGCUUGUUUUUCUCCCCAACUCCCCCCUCCCCUUCCCCCCAGCGCAAGCCCAGCGCAACCUGGCACUCAUACUCAUGGCAACAGGGAGGGCAGAGGCAGCGGAGCUGUUACUGAGGAAGGCUUUAGCGAGGAUGGAAGGAGCAGUGGGGCCCAUGGGGGAUGCAGCGCUGGUGAUUGCUGGGUCUCUGGUGGUGAAUCUGCAGCAGCAGGGGAGGGACGAUGAGGCUGAACCGUUGCUCAAGAGAUUGGCCCUUGCAGAAGCUGCGGCUACUGGGAAUUUGUGA